UAAAUGCAAACACACAUUUACAUUUGUCAUACAGACGAGUAAAAUGAAGAAAAGUCUCAUACAGGUGUUUGGAUUCCUGAUCUCUACUCUUGGCUGGAUGUUUGUCAGCUGCACGAUCGCCAUGGACAACUGGAGAACCACUUAUGUUGGAGGCAAAGGAGGCAACUGGAUGAUCAAAGCAUUGUGGUAUUGGUCAAAUUUGUGGAAGGAUUGCAUAACAGACACAACAUCUGUCAUUAACUGUAGAGGAUAUGAUGUGAUGUGGGAAGUUACACCGUAUGUUCAGGGUGUUCGAGGGCUGCUGAUGAUAGGGAUGAGCCUGGGGUUUGUCUCCGCCAUACUCUGCUUUAUUGGGAUGGACUGUACUUACAUUGGUGGAAGUGUGAAAAUCAAGGAUAAAGUCUUACUCUCUGGAGCAGUAUUUCAUUUUGUUGGCGGUUUGUCAGCUCUUGCUGCAUAUUGUUUAUACACAAAUAGAGUGGCCAGUUCUGCAUUUGCACCCGCUGUUGACAGAAGUAUAAUAAGGUAUGGAAUAGGAACUCCAAUAUUCCUUGGAUUGGUUGGAAGUUUCUUAAUUAUUCUUGGAUCUAUUUUGUAUGCUGUGACAGUAAUUCCAAAAAGAAUGAUGAAUGCAUUCACACCAAAAACACCAACAGCCUCUAAGUCACAUGGCCAGCGGACAGCACGUAAAACACUGUAUAGUAGUGCCUACUACGCAGUAUCAAGACCCUCCAGAGAUCCCAGCCAGUCGAGCAGCUCUCACAUCUCUUGGAUAUCACACUUCACAGAGGAUAAAAUAUCUGCCAGAGAUACUUUUGUAUGAACUGUAGAAACAGUA